AAAAUGCUGUGUUGUUGACCUUAAAAGAGAAGCUCUUACAACCACAGCAUAACACAAAGUUGAGGGUCUUUACUCUGUUGAGUUUUUACUUCAAACACAAGAUGGCAAAAAGGUAUGCAGUUGUGACUGGUGCAAAUAAGGGAAUUGGAUUAGAGGUAGUUAGGCAGUUAGCCUCAGCUGGGAUCAAGGUGGUGCUUACUGCUAGAGAUGAGAAAAGGGGUCUCGAAGCAUUGGAAAAACUCAAAGCCUAUGGUGUUUCUGACCUUGUAGUUUUUCAUCAGCUAGAUGUGGCUGAUGCUCAAAGUGUAGCUUCUCUGGCAGAUUUUGUCAAAUCUGAAUUUGGGAAACUUGAUAUUCUGGUUAACAAUGCAGGUGUUGGUGGAGUUGAAGUAAAAGAGAAGGAUUUACUCUCUUUAGCAAUCAUUAAAUGCGGGGCAUUAUCUGAUGAUGAUCGGAGAAAGGCAAUGUCUCAAACAUCUGAGUUAGCUGAAGAAUGCCUGCAAAUAAAUUAUUAUGGGGCUAAAAGAACAGCGGAAUCCCUUCUUCCCCUCCUCCAGUUAUCUGAUUCUCCAAGAAUUGUGAAUGUAUCAUCUACGUUGGGGAAGAUAGAGUGUGUGUCAAAUGAAUGGGCUAAAGGAGUCUUCGGUGAUGCUGAUAACCUUACAGAAGAAAGUGUGGAUGAAGUAUUGAAGCAAUUUAUCAAAGAUUUCGAAGAAGGGUCAUUAGACAGCAAAGGCUGGCCUAAGUCUCUUGGUGCCUAUAUUGUAUCUAAAGCUGCUAUGAAUGCCUAUACAAGAAUUCUUGCUAAGAAAUUCCCUGCUGCCUGCAUCAAUAGUGUUUGCCCUGGUUAUGUCAAGACAGAUAUAACCCUCAAUACUGGCGUUUUAACAGUUGAAGAAGGUGCUGCUAGUCCUGUAAGGUUAGCACUGCUUCCCAAUGGUAGUCCAUCUGGCCUCUUCUAUUUCAGGAGUGAAGUAUCUUCCUUUUGAUUGCUAGUACUUUUUUUUUUAUGUAUUGUGGUGUUGAAAAACUACGUUGCUUUUCCAUAAUGCCUAGCUUAUGAUUUCUUUUUUUAUUGUGUGGUAUCUUAGUAUCAACUUUUGUCUUGUUCAAACCUAAGUUCCUCUUCACACUGAAGUACCCUGACAUUGUCUGCUAUCCUAUUUGUAUUUGUCAUUUAUUUAUCAUUUAAGGUAAGUAAAUAUUAAAAAGGCAUAUCCUAAUUGACUCACUUGAAUGAAAUAUU